AUGCCCAUCAAGAUUCCCGCCAACUCGCCGGCCGAGCGCAUCCUCGGCGAGGAAGGCGUCGAGCUGAUCGAGACGGAGGUGGCCCUGCGCCAGGACAUCCGCCCCUUGCGGAUCCUGCUGCUCAACCUCAUGCCCAUCAAGAUCGCCACCGAGGUACAGAUCGCGCGCCUGCUCAGCCACACGCCGAUGCAGGUCGAGCUGGGGCUGCUGACCACCAGCAGCUACACGCCGCACAACACCUCGCGCGAAUACCUGCAGACCUUCUAUCGCACCCUCGACGAGGUGCGCGACGAGCACUUCGACGGGCUGAUCGUGACCGGCGCGCCGGUCGAGCGCCUGCCCUUCGAGGCGGUCGAGUACUGGUCCGAGCUGCUGGACAUCCUGGCCUGGGCCAAGACCAACGUGUUUCGCCGCCUCUACCUCUGCUGGGGCGCGCAGGCGGCGCUCUGGGCCCAGUUCGGCAUCGAGAAGCUGCUGUUCGAGGAGAAGCUGUUCGGCCUCUACGAGCAGGAGGUGCUGACGCCGCGCCACCCCGUGCUGCGCGGCUUUCCCGACGUCUUCCAGGUGCCCGUCUCGCGCUACUCCGGCGUGCGCCGCGCGGACAUCCAGGCCCACCCGGAGCUGGAGCUGCUGAUCGACUCGGCCGAGUCGGGCCCCUGCAUGGUCGGCCACCGCGCCACCGGCGACCUCUACAUGUUCAACCACCUGGAAUACGACACCCGCACGCUGCACGACGAGUACCAGCGCGACCUCGACCGCGAGGCCGGCAUCGCGCCGCCGCGCAACUACUUCGCCGACCCGGACCUCAGCCGGCCGCGCCCCAACGUCUGGCGGCCGCUGGCCUACCUGCUGUUCAGCAACUGGAACUACUGGCUCUACGAGGACACGCCGCACGACCUCUCGAUCCUGCGCCAGGCGCAGACCAAGGAGCCGGCGGCGUAG